GAAGUGUUCCUGAAGUGGGUGUCUACCAUCUCCCGCAUCCCGUCAUCACCACAAAAGAUUUCAGUGGCGUACCAGGAGAGACCCUGGUUGAAAAGUGAUGGUUCACAGGUCCUGAGUUCUUUUGCUGCUACGGAUCUGAGAGAUGGUGAUACCCUUCUUGAUAUACCCGUGCAACUAUUGAUUUCAGAUGAAUGGGUGGUUGAAGAUCCCAAAGGAUUACGUGGUGCUCCAUGGGAAAUCCGUUUGGCUGCAAAGCUCCUACGAGAACGGUCUCGAGGUAAUAAGUCAAAAUGGGCUUCUUACAUCAAGCUGCUUCCAACUUUCGUUCCUUUGCCCAUAUUCUUCUCUGAUUUGGAAAUCAAUAAUAUACAAGACAGUACUAUUGUAGACGAAGUUCGAACAAUCAGAAAGUAUGCCAGAGCAACUUAUCAGGCUCUCGAUUUUAAGGAUAUAUCGCGGGCGAAGUUUAGUGAAUAUGCUUGGGCUCUAUCAAUAGUUUAUAGCUCAGCGUGCCAGGUGGAUAAAGUUGCUACUACAGGACGAACCGAUAGUGCACAUUACCUUCUGCCAUUUUUCGGUUCCACCUUCGGGAGUAGGGGUCAAGUAUACGCGAAGUAUGAAAAUAGGGGUUUGAAACUCUUAUCACAUGACGUUAAAGGAGGAAUGCCCCUUGCUGCUGAGUAUGAUGCAUCGAGCACAAUGAGAGAUAUCUUCAUCUUUCGUGGCUUUGUUGCAAAAAUUAAUCAUCAGGAUAAAUUCAGUCUCUUUCAUGAUAUUCAGGAUGCGGUUGAUUGGUACUCAUCUACUUUUGGUGCCGUAAAUAACAAUCGAUACUUAACAUUAAGGAUCGCCCGGGACGCAGUAAGGACCCUGACAGCGUAUCUUUCGAAUCAAGAAACCACAUCUUUGGACAGAUCAAAUGCAUCCGAGAUGAAUUUCUCUAUCGGAGCAAAUGGAUUUGUUGACCACUACAUGACCUCCAUCUUUGCAACUCUGUCCUAUGCUAAGCAUGCAUUGACCGAAGACAUGAUCGAGGGAAGAAUAACGUCUGUAGGUUUGAUAGUUAAGAACGGCACAACACGGUGGGAAAGAAUCCUGCAGUCAUUAGCUACUGAGACCCUAUCUCGAUAUAGGUGGAAUAUGAUGGAUUGUAAGAAACAUAUAGACUCCUCGCUCGAGUUCGCAUUCAAGUCUGCAAAAACUACGAUACUGCAGAGGAUUCACACCGUAUUACAGUCCUUCUCAACUGAUCUAUCAGAAGAUCAAUAUUUGUUAGAUGCUGCUGGCUGGGAGGGCUUAAAUAAUGUGGAAGAUGAGCAGCUAGCCUGCCCGUCAUGUCGCUGGCAAACUGAACAAUUGAGCUUCUAUGACUACCUUGCUCUCCAAUACCGGCUUUCAGUAAAAACUUUUCUCUCAGAGAUGACGUCUGCAAUUUCGUGUGAAGCGAACAAAACGGAUGAUAUGUCGAAAUUGGGAUUGGGGACUCGUCCUGGCGAGGGGGAUAACGGCGCUUUGCAGAGGUUUUUGGGCUGGUGUGCAGAACAUGACUUGACGAUCUCCGACAGGUUAACAAUCACCGACAUCCUGGUUCCACCCCAGGACGAGUUCUCACGUCCUGCUAAAGUUCGGGGACUUGUCGCUUUGGCAGAUAUCCAUCAAGGAGAAACUCUCUCCUCACUUCCUAUGACUGUUGGUUUGUUUAACAACGAUUCCGUCAGUGGUUCCAGUGCAGUCGAUGCCUGGGAUUAUGCAGCCGCUCGACUGCUUCGUGAAAAAGUGAAAGGCAACGAGUCAAAUUGGGCUCCCUACAUUGCAAUCCUUCCCGAAUAUCUUCCGACACCAAUUCAUCUGGAAUCUCGGGAACUUUUAGAGGUGCAAUGGUGGCCAGUAAUAAGAGAGCUCAUCCAAGUACGAAAAGCUAUCAAGGAAAGCUAUACCAAGCUAAGCCCAAACGAAUUGUCACUGGCAAGCUACAAUGAGUAUAAGUGGGCAGUAACGAUGGUGCACAGUCGAGCAUUUACUCUUCCUGUGAAACCUGAUGAACAAUAUGAGCAAUAUGUGUUCAUGCCAUUCAUGGAUAUGAUAAACCAUCAUUAUCAUUACAAGGCUGAUUGGAUGUCCCAGCCUGUUUGGGAUGGCAAACUGGAGAUCACUGCCAGAAGGACUGUAAAGAAAGGAGAAGAAAUAUUUGCGUCGUUUGGUCCGCGCACAAAUGACAACCUCUUUCUUUACUACGGUUUUGUUCUCGAGGAUAACCCAUUUGAUGCUGUUCCACUUUUUGGAUCAUUCGAAGAAGCUUUGAGGUGGUUUGUAGGACUAUGGACGGACAAUUGUGCUGAUUUUGCUAAGAAUCAAGUAAAAGCUUCUCGGUGUCAUCGAAAGACCUGGCAAAACUUCUGGAACCGCAUGAAGAAUCCAGUAGAGGAAGCCGAGAGUGGAAGUGCAGCUCAGGGUAGAGAUUGGGGAGAGCUUUUGAACUACUGGGCGGACCUUGGAUUUCAGUUUCUACCCUACCAGCCGGGACCUACUAUAUAUCCGGGUGGUAUUAUCGACCCUAGCUUUUUGGCCGUGUUUUCAAGUUCUUUUGAGGUCCUGGAGACGAUGAGGAAGGAUGAUGGAAUUGAUUCUCCGUGGUCGGACCCUUGUCCAGAAUGCGGUAAUCACUCAGCUGUGGGAUCAUCUGCUAUGCACAAGUUUCUCGCAUGCAUUGAGAAGCAGUCUUCCUUUCCCCGUGGCCUCUUAGACGGUCCAACUUGCCAAUCUGAACUAACAAAGGUAGUUCUGAAGGAAGAGAAGCUCACACGAGCCAUGCUCUUGGCCAGAAUAUCAGUUGUGCUUCGAUGCAAGGAAAUUCUUUCGUCGUUCCCCACCACCAUUUCUGAAGAUAGGGACCUGCUGAAGGCAGAUCCAGAUACUUGUACCCAAGAAACAUCUGCUUCAUGUCAAAAUGUGCAAAGUGUUAGUAGUCAUUUGCAACUGACUAGACGGUAUCGGUACAUGAAGAAGUUAAUGCUGCAAACUCCAGUUGACAAGCUUCUCAAAUGACAAUUCGGUAAUUUGUACACUAUCAUUCACUUAAUAUAGGCUCAUCCUGGCGUCUUCAAUUAUAAAGUGGUCAAGCCAAUGAAAGCUUUCUCUGCACCGUCUUAAGAAUUUAUCCACUAGGUUCUUUAUUGUGACCAUUAUGCCUGCAUGUCGUUCCCAAAUAUAUAUUAC